UCUCCACUCUCCACUCCACUGUAAUCUUUCGCCAUGGCUCCUGUCAACGACUCCACUCCCGGUCCUAGUCCUCUCAGCGACAUCAAGAAUCUGCUCAAGCAACUGCAUGAGAAAGUUGAUCGUCUCGAAGCCAAGGUCGACAAGGUCGAGGCUAAGGCUGCUGGCAAGGAACAGGAUCCUAAACAUCUUCGCAUGAUCUUGAUCGGACCCCCCGGUGCCGGUAAAGGCACCCAAGCCCCAAAGAUUAAGGAAAAGUACUGUGUUUGCCACUUAGCUACUGGUGAUAUGCUUCGUGCCGCCAUCUCCAAUAAGACCAAGGUCGGUUUGGAGGCCAAAAAGGUCAUGGAUGCCGGUGGAUUGGUCAGUGAUGAGAUCAUGGUCGACAUGAUCAAAGACAACUUGGAGAACAAUAAGGAGUGCAAGAAUGGAUUCAUUCUUGAUGGAUUUCCUCGCACCGUUGUUCAGGCAGAGAAAUUGGAUGCUAUGUUGGAGGCCAAGAACCAGCGCUUGGAUACUGUCGUCGAGCUUUCCAUCGACGACAACUUGUUGGUGUCGCGCAUCACUGGUCGUUUGAUCCACGUUCCCUCGGGUCGUUCGUACCAUAAGGAGUUUGCUCCUCCUAAAGUUCCUAUGAAGGAUGAUAUCACAGGCGAGCCUCUUGUUCAGCGUUCUGAUGACAAUGCUGAGGCCCUCAAGAAGCGACUAGUAACCUACCAUAAACAGACUGUCCCUGUUGUUGAGUACUAUAAGAAGAAGGGUCUUUGGUCUCAAGUCGAUGCUGCUCAGGAUCCCAAGCUCGUCUGGUCCAGUAUGCUUGCCAUCUUUAGCAAGACCGCUUAAAAACCCUUUGAUCACUUUUGCUUGAUAUUUUUCUUUCUUCCUUUCUCGUCUUUAAUGAUGAUAUAUGACCAUGAUUUGGUCGUAAUGACUGUAGAUUCUUUUUUUUUUAACCGACUAUACUUCCUAUCCUAACUGAUUUUCUCGACUGUUACAUAUUUUCAUUAAAGCAGAG